CUGAUUUCUCGACGUUACCGUAUUCUCCUUUUAAGCUAUUUCACUGCUCUUAUCACUCCUUUAGUCUUAUCUAUUUGUUGCUCAUUACAAUAGAGAAUAAUAUGUUUGGUUUAUUCCGAAAUUCUUCUGAUCAUUCCAGAAAGAGAACUCAGAGAGGAGAAGAAAGAGGAGAAUGGCGUGGGAUAAGUUUUAAUCCAGAGAACUUCAUUCCAGGUCUCAUCAUUGGUUUCGUUUUUGGGUUAUUGAUUGAUUUGACAAAACUCCCCAGAAACCCAAGAAAAAUAUGUGCUGCUUUGGGGAAAAAGAAAGGGCAACAAAGACUUGACUCAAAUGGUGGUAGUAAUGGUAGUGAUGAAGAACUUAAAAUGGUUUUGGUUGUUAGACAAGACCUUAGAAUGGGACCUGGAAAGAUUGCAUCCCAAUGUGCUCAUGCUGCUACUGGCAUGUAUGCAGAACUGAUGCAAAGCCAGCGGUAUCUUUUAAGGCAGUGGGAGCAAUGUGGCCAACCCAAAAUAGUUGUCUCGUGCAAGAAUCAAUUAGAUAUGAAUAGGCUGAAAAACACAGCAGAAAGCAUAGGCCUUCCCACUUUUAUUGUUGCUGACGCAGGACGUACAGAGGUGGUGGCUGGGUCAAAAACAGUUCUUGCCAUUGGGCCUGGUAGAAAAGCUUCUGUGGAUUCCGUUACUGGGAAGUUGCGCUUGCUUUGAAGCAAAUUAGCUAGAAAGGAGGUCUAUUCAACAGAAUUUCUUUAAGGUUUGUUUCUGUUAUUUCUUAAUUCUUUUUAGUUUAGAACAUUUUAGAAAAUGCGAUCAAUGAAACCAGGCAGCUAGCUAAAAAGAAAACUCUACGUACACCUUCGUCCCCGCGUUGAAUGUGUGGGAGGUCAAUACCAUUACAUGUGAUCUGAUGAUCUCAAGUUAUUCAGAACUUUACCAAUUAAAUGCUAUUGAUAUUUUGAUCAAGGAGUAAUUUAUUUAUUGGUC